AUAUCGAUAGUAUCGAUAGUGUAAUGAUUUUUUGCAAAACUACCACACUAUCAGCUGUUUUGCACAAACGUUUACAAUUCUAGAAAUAAUUCCGGAAAGAAACUAUGGUUAAUGAUAAAAAACGUCGCUCGCGGUCGCGGGAACGCUACCGGGACGAACGCCCGGCCUUGGGCAACCCUCGGGAACGGGAGCGGGACAGAGAGCGUGGUAGGGAGCGGCAGGACAGGCCGUACGAUAGGGAGAAAGACAGACGCCAGCGGCGGUCUCGUUCCCGGGAGGACCGCGGCCGACGCAGGUCUCCUGAGCGUCAGAGGCCUCGGGAUACUGUUCGUGAGCGAUCCAGGGAAAGAGGCAAUGCCGAAAAAAAACCGAAACUGGAUGGGGGAGACGCCGCUCCGCCCAAACCGUUGAUUGUGCAGGAUGAUGAACCCAUUGACGAUAACAAGGAUACCAAGCUCAAGAAGGAGCCCCUAUCCCUGGAAGAACUUUUGGAUAAGAAAAAGCGAGAGGAGGAGGCCAGGAGCAAGCCCGUUUUCCUCACCAAAGAGCAGCGAGCCCAAGAAGCGCUCAAGCGUCGCCAAGAAGAAGUGGAGCGGGUAAGAGCCGCACACGAGGCUGCACGCGAGCAAAUGGCCGCUGCCAGCAAGGUUAGCAUCUCCAUGGGCACGGCAAUGGCCUCGGGAGCACCGCCGGCCAUAAUGGCACCGCCACCCAAGCCAGAUCGUCGGGAGCGUGGAGGAGGCGGUCGUGGCGGCGACAGAGGAGAGCGCGGUGAACGAGGCGGUGGCGGUGAUGAUAAGCGGGCGGAGGAUCUUACCCACAAGGAUAAAGAAAAGGAGUUGGAAGCGAUUCGAGAACGAUAUCUGGGCAUCAUCAAGAAGAAGCGACGUGUGCGCCGCCUCAACGACCGCAAGUUUGUGUUCGACUGGGAUGCCGGUGAGGAUACCUCCAUAGACUACAACAAUCUCUACAAGGAGCGCCACCACGUGCAGUUCUUUGGACGCGGCAACGUGGCCGGCAUCGACAUCAAGGAGCAGAAACGCACACAAAGCAAGUUCUAUGGUGAUCUGCUUGAGAAGCGGCGGACUGAGGCGGAGAAGGAGCAGGAAAAGGUGCGCCUUAAGAAAAUGAAGCGCAAGGAGGACAAGCAGAAAUGGGACGACCGUCACUGGUCCGAAAAGGACAACGACGAGAUGACUGAACGUGAUUGGCGCAUUUUCCGCGAGGACUACAAUAUUACCAUUAAAGGCGGACGGAUUCCCAAUCCCAUUCGGAGCUGGAGUGAGUCUGGAUUCCCCAAGGAAAUCAUCGACAUCAUCGACAAGGUGGGCUACAAGGAGCCGACGCCCAUCCAACGCCAGGCCAUUCCUAUCGGACUGCAGAACAGGGAUAUCAUUGGCGUUGCCGAGACUGGCUCAGGUAAGACACUGGCUUUCCUUAUACCCCUUCUGUCGUGGAUCCAAUCGCUGCCCAAAAUCGAGCGCCUCGAGGAUGUGGAUCAGGGUCCAUAUGCCAUAAUCAUGGCACCCACCCGUGAAUUGGCCCAGCAGAUCGAGGAGGAGACCACGAAAUUCGGCCAGCCGCUGGGCAUUCGCACGGUGGUCGUCGUGGGUGGCUUGUCCAGGGAGGAGCAGGGCUUCCGCCUGCGCCUGGGCUGUGAGAUCGUCAUUGCCACGCCUGGCCGUCUCAUCGACGUGCUGGAGAACCGCUAUCUGGUGCUCAACCAGUGCACGUACAUCGUACUCGACGAGGCCGAUCGCAUGAUAGACAUGGGCUUCGAGCCCGACGUGCAGAAGAUCCUUGAGUACAUGCCGGUGACGAACCUCAAGCCCGACACCGAGGAGGCCGAGGAUGAAAGCAAACUGAUGGAAUUUUACACGAAGAAGAAGUACCGCCAAACGGUGAUGUUUACGGCCACGAUGCCGCCGGCGGUGGAGAGACUAGCUCGCUCGUAUCUCAGGCGACCCUCUACAGUCUACAUUGGCUCCGUGGGCAAGCCGACGGAGCGAACGGAGCAGAUCGUGUACAUGAUGGGCGAGAACGACAAACGCAAGAAGCUAAUGGAGAUCCUUUCGCGCAAAAUCGAUCCGCCGAUCAUCAUCUUCGUCAACCAAAAGAAGGGCGCCGAUGUGCUGGCCAAGGGUCUGGAGAAGUUGGGUUACAACUCAUGUACGUUGCACGGUGGCAAAGGACAGGAGCAGCGAGAGUACGCCCUUGCCGCCCUCAAAUCGGGAGCCAAGGACAUCCUGGUGGCCACCGAUGUGGCUGGUCGUGGUAUCGACAUCAAGGACGUGUCGCUGGUCAUCAACUACGACAUGGCCAAGACCAUUGAGGACUACACGCAUCGUAUCGGUCGUACAGGUCGUGCUGGCAAGACGGGUUGCGCCAUUUCCUUCGUUACCAAGGAUGACAGCGCGUUGUUCUACGACCUGAAGCAGUGCGUCACGGCCAGUCCGGUGUCGGUGUGUCCACCGGAGUUGACAAAUCACCCGGAGGCGCAGCACAAGCCGGGAACGGUGGUCACCAAAAAGCGGCGCGAGGAGAAAAUAUUCGCCUGAAAUGGCCGAUUGGAGAAAGGUAAACACUUUUAGGAAACUAAGUAAUAACUAUUAAAGUUCUGCAAUGCCUUGGCAUGACAAAAUUUCUUUUUCA